CCCUAGAGUCGUGCUGUCGGUGGUGGUGGUGGUGGUCAAUCGCCCGUCAGGCAGUGCCAUGGCUCACCCCGGGCCUGGCCAGGAGGAGAAUAUCCUGUAUGAGCUGCUGGUGCAUGCAGAAUGGCCACUGGAACCAGAACUGCACGGUGGCGCCGCUAUCAGCCUGGGAGGAAACUUCUUCUACCGUACCCUGACCCAGACGCCGGCCAACAUAUGGUCCCUGGCAUCCUCCCUGUGGGCAUACCUCUCCUCUGCCUCGCCUGUCUCCCCCAGCCUGGCUAAGCUGGUGGGGGGGCGGUGCGGUUGGCAGCUGGGGGUGGGGGCACAGGGGGCGGUGGUGGCGGUGGUGCAGGGAGCUACGCUGGAGAUUAGAGCCAAGAAGGACGAGUUUGCUUCUGUGGUUGGCAAGAAUACAAACUUGUACCUGGACCCAUUCCCAUCAUGGCGGUGCGUGGCGUGGUCAGCAGACUGCUCCAUGGUGGGCCUGGCGUACAGUUCCGGGGCGGUGGAGGUGUUCAAUACGCUGGGCACCUCCAUCUUCACCAUCUACCCUCCCAGAUACCGGGAGGGGGCGCCGCAGGUAGACACCAGCUGUGCCCUUGCUGCCCUUGUGUUCUCUGACGUGAGGACCCAGAAGAUUAAGUGGGCUGCCGAACUGCUGCUGGUGGACUACAAGGGGCACGUCCGCAGCUACCUGGUGUCCCCCACAGAGGGCUACCAGGAGAGCCACCACUUCUCCCUCACCAGAGUGUAUCCCUUGGGCAUCUCUGCCGCCACUCUCUACAGGGACUUCCUUCUAGUGGCCGGGUCAUGCUCCUUCAUGAACGACACCACCCUGAAAAGGAACGGUCUGGGCCACGGCAUCACCCUGUGGAGGAUGCUGAAUGACCACCCCUUCUAUAAGCAGGUGGCCACCAUUGAUGAGGAGGAGUAUCUGCCACCCAGCAUAGGGGUGUGGGAGCACAUCAUGGCGCGCUGGUCCCCGCCACACCACGACUGCAUCUUCCAGCUCAGCGUGUCGCCGUCCAGCCGUCACCUGGCUGCCCUUCACACCUCUGGCAGCCUCUCCAUCUGGGAGCUGCCGUCACUCCGGAAGAAGAAGUUUUGGCAGCUCCCGGAUCAGCCUGACCACGAUGCCAGGAACCCGUCGUUUGAGGAGUACGUUCGUCCCCCCGGCAGACAGAAGCCUAGUGUGGUGUGUGGGCCGCCCAGGAGCCACCCGGCAGAGCUCAGCUGGUGGUCUGAGGCAGCAGUGAUUGUGGCUCGCUACUCUGGCAGUGUCACUGUCAGUUCUGUCGCCUCCCUCAGGAACCUGCUGGGGGAGUCACCUGAGUUCCUGGAGGGCGUGCCGCAGAUCAGUGAGGCAUAUGAGAGAGCCUUCCUGAGCCUGGAGGUGGAGCAGCGUGCCCUCAACAAGCGGCUCCUCAACAGCUUCUCAGAGGGCACAGUGGGGGAGGAACAGGAGCAGCAGCAGGAGGAGUACCCAGACUCAGAGGAGGAAGACGAGGAUGAUGAGGAGACGUCUCUGCUGCAUAAGUCAAGCAAGCUGGCCAGGAGUGUGCUGUACUGGGUCACUGAUGCUGAAAGGUUCCGUCCCCACAGCCGGCGGCCGAGGGUAGUGCAGAGGACCUACCGCCUGUUGUGUCUCAAGAGCACCACACCUGAGGAACUCUUCUCCCGCAAGAUUGAGAACGAGGAGUACGGGGAGGCACUGGCCCUGGCUCGGAGCUAUGGGCUGGACUGUGACAGGGUGUACCAGCAGCAGUGGCGCCGCAGCCCUGUCACAGUGGCCUCCAUACAGGACUACCUGGCCAAGAUACGCAAGCGAUCGUGGGUGCUGGCUGAGUGUCUGAGCAGGGUGCCGGAGGACAUCGAUGCCACCAAGGAGCUGCUGCUGUAUGGCCUGCGUGGCACUGACCUUGAGGCCAUCAUUGCCAUAGGGGAAGGGAAGGAUGAAGGGGAGUUUAUUGUGUGUGGUGGCGAGGACCUGGACUUUGAGGAGGGGCUGGAUGUCCCCCAGGCAGAGUACCAGGUCAGGAUGCAGGAACGUGCUGCCAAGGAACUCAAGAGGCGACACCAGCUGUUGUCUCAGAUCAACUUUGCCAGCCUCACUCAGGAGCAGAAGACAGUGAUCUUGGCCAGACAGAAACUGCUCACCUACCUCGACCGGCUGGCUACUUAUGAGGUCCUUCUGGGGGGCGCUCACUUGGCCCCGGAGCACUACGACGCAGGAUUCUAUGACAAGUUCCGCAGCCAGUCUGCCAUCUCAGCCACAGUAGAAUUUGCCCGGGACGGUGACUGGGGCGGUGUGGAUGUGAUGUUCACCUACCAUGGGGAAGACACACUUCCCCAUCGCCUGGCUGUGCUGUCCAACUUCCCUCCCACACUGGGCCCUUAUGAGUACAGGGCACUGCUGCCUGAGUGCAAGGGAGACAAGGUGUUUGCCUGGGAGCAGGAGCGACUCAGGGACGAGGACUGGUGUGAGGAGCCAGCCUGCUGGGAGGCAGUACUGCAGGACAAAACAGACCCUGCGGACUUCCUGUACGAGGAGCGGCCGGCCCUGGACAAGUUCUGCGGGGAGGAGUUGGAUGGGGCGCUGGUGUCGGUGUGGUACCAGGAGCGGGCCAGGGAGGUGGAGCGCUGCAGUCACUUUGUUGAUGUGGCCCUGGACCUGCUGAAACUUGGUCGAGAGAGGGGUGUGGAGAACCUGGAGGAGCUUCUAGAUGCACUGGACUCCCUGGAGGUGAUGGUGUAUGAGGUGGGCCUGUCCUCCAUCACUCUUGACAAGUUCCUCAGCCUCUCUGAUGAUGAGAAAGUCACCCAGCUUAUGUCCACAAGCACCCCGGAGACCUACAUUCAGAACAUCCGGCGCUGGCUGCUUCCCUUCCUGGCCCGGUGUGAGAAGGGACAGCCAGGAAGUGCCAGCAGCCUCCUCAGAGCGUACAUGGUGGCCACUGCUAAGACGGACCUCUCCCUGCCCCUCAAAAUACUGCAGCACUCCCGGCCAGACCAACCCAGUGCCAUUAUACAGUCUGCGGAGGACAUGAUGGGCGUGGCAGUGGAGUGUGUGUACGCCUGUGAGAGGGAGAGUCAGCUGCCCUGGGCCAUUGCCUGUCUGGAGUGUCUGCCGGAGAGGGAGUCAGGCAGGAGCUCCGAGUCCCUGUCAAGGCUCCACGACCUGGCUGAUGCACUGGAGGCCCACCUCAAUGCGGCAGAGCUCCUCAGUGCCUAUGGGGUGAAUGUGACACCGCGGCACCUCAGGGAAAUACAGGGGGAUGUGGAUCUGGUCGGCGACGUGCUCACCAAGGUCACCAGAACAGCUGCCAAGAGGAAGCCCCGCAUGGGUGACGAGGAGUGGCGGCGCCUGCUGUAUGACACCCUGGAGCUGCAGCAGAAGGUUUUUGCCUGCGUGGAACCCCAAGUGUGCCUACAGAAGGUGAUUGAAGCACUGCUUGGCUCAGAACAGCCAGAGAACAUCAGGCUGGCUGGUGAGCUGAUGGAGACAAGAGCUGACCACUCCCCCGUCAGCAACCCAUACCUCCAGCAGCUGCCCUUCUCCCGUGCCGUGCAGCUGGUCACUGAGGCUGCCACGCACUACUACAACUCCUCUGAGAGCCACACGGACCAGGCCAUCGACUUAGCACUGCAGUGUCUCAACCUGAUAGAGUCAGAACAUGAGGAUGUCCAGAGGGAGAAGGACCUCAUAGCAGCCCUGCAGAUCCUUCCUGACUUUGGCAUCAACAAGCUCCCUCUGCAAGUGCGGCUGUGUGAGGACCGACUGACGCUGGUGGGGGAGUGCAUGGCGGGACGCAGCACAGCCUACCGCCACAGCUCCCUCCUGCAGCACUUGGCGGGUCUCCUCCGGGUGUGUGGGGAGGACUCGCGCGCCCGCCAGGGCAAGGUGCUCACGCUCAUCGCCCAGGCCGCCCUUAAGGCGGGUGACUACACAGCAGCGGGAGGAGCGUGUGACCAGCUGGUGGGCGGCGAGCACGAGGAGGGGUGGGUGGUGUGUGAGGCGCUGGGACGGGCCGCGCGCUUCUCUGAUUUGCACGCCCGCGGGAGGUACCUCGAUUUCGCUCUCACCCACGCCUCGCCUGACAGACUUGAGGACCUGCUGGCUGCCCGGAACGAGGUGGAGCUGGCCGUGCUGUACAGAAAGGUGAACAAGCAGAUAGAACAGCAGGAUACCACUGGGGAUUCUGAGGAGGCCUUUGUUGACGCGCCCGACGAGAUGGAGGAAGAGGAGGAGGAAGAAGAGGAAGAGUUUUACGAUGGGAGCGAGGAGGUGGAGGGGGCAGCAGGAGGAGGAGCAUUCUGAGAGGCACCCUGGGAGUCACAAAGUCUGUUCUAAGCGCCACGGCCUCCACCACCACCCAUCUCGUUUCCACCGUGGCGUCCAAACAUUUCUGGAAGACUGCUAUGAACUGGAUGCAGCCGCUGGUGGAGGUGUCCUUGGGGGAGGAGCAGUACCCCGUGGACCCCCAGCAGGAGACCAACACAGACUUUCAGAAGCAGGGAUGCCAUGCCUUCUACGCCGACCUCUUCCAGGAGCCUCACAUCAGUGG